UCUCAAAGUCAUUCCAACAUGGCGGCCGGAACGGCUGUAAUGCAUUUACCCAGCACGAGAAGCACCGUUAAGAAAGAAGAACCUGCUCGUAGAGUACAGAAAAUUCAGCCAGAUGAGAUGGAAGUGGAAGAAGAAAAACAGCAUGAAGGAAUUCAGCAAUACUAUGUCACCAAGAUUGAGGCUCUCCAGAUGGUUGUCACAGAAGAGAUUAAAAACUUGAGGAGGCUGGAAGCCCAGAGAAAUGAGCUUAAUGCCAAAGUGAGAAUGCUAAGAGAGGAGUUGCAACUCUUGCAAGAACAAGGAUCUUAUGUUGGUGAGGUGGUUAAACCCAUGGACAAGAAGAAGGUUUUGGUGAAGGUUCAUCCAGAGGGAAAGUUUGUGGUGGAUAUCGACAAAUCAAUUGAUAUGGCUGAUGUUACACCAAACUGCCGAGUGGCAUUGCGAAAUGAUAGCUACAUGCUUCAUAAGAUACUUCCUAACAAGGUGGACCCUCUUGUCAGUUUGAUGAUGGUUGAGAAGGUUCCUGAUUCAACCUAUGAAAUGGUUGGAGGAUUAGAUAAACAGAUUAAAGAAAUCAAGGAGGUCAUUGAGCUGCCUGUGAAGCAUCCUGAGCUCUUUGAAGCCUUAGGAAUUGAUCAACCCAAGGGAGUAUUACUGUAUGGUCCACCAGGGACUGGAAAGACACUUCUUGCGCGAGCUGUUGCACAUCACACCGAGUGCACUUUUAUCAGAGUUUCAGGCUCAGAACUGGUUCAGAAAUUUAUUGGCGAGGGUGCUAGGAUGGUUAGAGAGUUGUUUGUCAUGGCAAGAGAACAUGCUCCCUCUAUCAUUUUUAUGGAUGAGAUUGAUUCAAUUGGAUCCUCAAGAUUAGAAGGGGGGUCUGGUGGUGACAGUGAAGUUCAAAGGACCAUGUUGGAGUUACUGAACCAGCUUGAUGGGUUUGAAGCAACCAAGAAUAUCAAGGUUGUCAUGGCAACAAACCGGAUAGACAUUUUGGAUUCAGCACUUUUGCGACCAGGACGUAUUGACAGGAAAAUAGAGUUUCCUCCCCCAAAUGAAGAGGCUAGACUGGACAUCCUGAAGAUUCAUUCCAGAAAGAUGAAUCUAACAAGAGGCAUAAACCUUAGAAAAAUUGCUGAACUUAUGCCUGGAUCAUCAGGAGCUGAAGUCAAGGGUGUUUGUACAGAGGCAGGCAUGUAUGCCUUGAGAGAAAGAAGAGUUCAUGUGACGCAGGAAGACUUUGAAAUGGCUGUCACUAAGGUCAUGCAGAAAGAUUCCGAGAAGAACAUGUCAAUCAAGAAACUCUGGAAGUAAAACAACCAUAUCUAACACAGAACUUAAUUACAAGGCAAAGGCAAAUUGAUUUCCUACAAUUAACUUAAUCUUACUCUGCUCCUGCUACUCGAGGAUACUCGUUUCAUCAAGCAUUCAACUAAGGAAGGAGAAGAGAAAAGAAAAAAAAAAAAAAAGAAAGCCAACUCUGAAUAUUAGAACUCACACCUCAGCCAUGUUUGACACUUGUUGCAAUACCUUGCAACAUGGUCACUCAAAUUAUUUAAGGUAGCUCCCUUUGCACACCUCACACUAUUUUCAUAAGUUUACCAGAUGUGGAUUCUGUGCAGUCUGUGACAUUGCUUGGUAGAGUAGUGCCCUCUAAAGAAAGAUCACCAUGUGUGGUUUCAUGUAGUGUUUUUUAGGAUGAGUAUGCAAGAUUGAAGUGUGGCAGUACAUUUUUUGGGUUUUGGGUUUUGAAAGCUUGUCAAGCAUUUAGUCAGGCAAUUUUUUUUGGAGAGGAAUGGCAGAGUCUGGGACUCUGGUGAAUGUAAUAUUAGUAAGUAAAGUAAUUUGUAGAUGAUUCUCAUGAUCACUUUGCAUUUUGUACAUGUAGCUUGACAAAAGUCAUUUGACAAGAAGUUAUUAGUCUUUAAAAAAAACUUGUAGUACAAAGGUUACUCUUGUGGUAUAAUUGAUUUAUGUCAUGUUCUCAGUGUAACCUUUCAUUUUGUGAUAUGUGUGACAAAGGAUUGAAUCUGAACUCCUUAAAUCCUUCUAUGAAAUGGUUUCUUGUCCUCAGUUACUUGGCAAACACUGCCUAGAGAAAUAUGUUGAUGAUUUAGUUGCUUUGUAAUAAACUCGUUACUGGCAAAAUGGCACAAAAAAGGAUUAGAUUAUGAAAACGAAAUGGUAUCUUAAAACUUGGCCUGGGAUAUUCCAAUUCCCUGCCGUAUGUGGAGUUGAUAAAGAGAGUUAAGUAAGGAAACCAUCUGUAGUACUGGACACUUUCUUGUGUAUAUGUAAGUAAUUACUAGUCUUCAGCCAGGUUUGAGCAGUGCGAGCACUGAGGGGUGUGCUGGUUGUUUGUUCACAAGGGUACCUCUGAUUGAAUGAGGGAAGUUGUGAGAUCCCCCUCUCCCCUACCCAUUCUCCUCCAUCUACUGGUGACUUUCUACCAUUCUACUGGGAAAGCCCCAGCCAGAGGCUAGAGGGGUGUGUCAGUUAGGUGCUCAAAGGGGUCCCAUCAAUUGAAGGGAGGGGAGUUGUGGGAUCAAUCUCACACUUAUCCAGCACCUCCCCUCUCUGGAUUUUAUCCCUUGGGUGAACCACUGCUUUAGAAAUAAGUUGGCUCUGAAGUAGUCCUUACAAUGAUAGCUUAACGCAGCAUUCUCUAUAUUAAACUCAGCUGUUCAUGUUGUUACCAUUUAGCCCAUGUUUUCCUAGUUUCUCGUGUGUAUUUUCUCCACGUAGAUAGCUAUUGAUAUCUAUCAGCUGUACCAUUCCCUUACAACCUUGCCAUUUAUCUUUUAAUGGUUUUCCCUGUAUUAGCUAAACGAGAAUGAAGAAUAAACCUAAUUUGUUUUACAUUGCACAA